AUGGACUCAUCAGUUGUGAAUGUGAGAAAUGUAGUCAGACAAUACACAGGAAAUAUCAUUAGGAAGAUGAUGUUCAACAGAAGGUACUUUGGUGAAGGAAGGUUAGGUGGAGGACCUAGACUUGCAGAAGAAGAACAUGUCAACUCCCUCUUUACUUCGCUUACUUACCUACAUGCAUUCUCUCCAUCUGACUACAUUUCAUGUCUAAAAGUCUUCGACUUAGAUGGACAUCAGAAGAUGGUAAAAAAGGCUUUGAGCAUCAUCAACAAGUAUCAUGAUCCGAUAGUGGAUGAGAGAAUAAUACAAUGGAGGAAUAGAGAGAAAAAAGAGGUUGAGGACAUGCUUGACGUUUGUAUCACAAGUAGGGACUCAAAGGGAGAGCCAUUGCUUUCAGUAGAAGAGAUCAAAGCCCUGGUAGAAACUGAUGAUUGA